UGUCCGGAGAAGAAGAAGAAGCGCAGACUCGGCUAGUGAGCUAGCCUAGCUGCAAGGCAUUAUUUUAGUGAAAAAUGGCUACUUUGAUCCCAAUCAGACCGCCUUGCGAUAGUAAUCCUGCUACUCCGGGAGCACAGUCUAUAAAGGAAGAUGUAAUAGAAGAAGUGUCCAAUGAUGGCAGCCAGCCUCCUAAAAGAAGGAGAAUGGGUUCAGGGGACAGCUCAAGAAGCUGUGACACCUUCAGCCAAGAGCUUGGGCCAACAUAUUUCCCUGCAGAAAACCUGACAGAAUACAAGUGGCCACCUGAUGAAACAGGAGAAUAUUAUAUGCUCCAGGAGCAGGUCAGCGAGUAUCUGGGAGUGACAUCUUUCAAGAGGAAGUAUCCUGAUAUGGAAAGAAGAGACUUGUCCCACAAAGAGAAGCUCUACCUUCGUGAACAAAAUGUUAUCACAGAGACACAAUGCACUCUGGGUCUGACCGCUCUGCGGAGCGAUGAAGUGAUAGAUCUGAUGAUAAAGGAGUAUCCCUCCAAACAUUCAGAGUAUUCUGUCAUACUGCAGGAAAGAGAGCGACAGAGAAUAGCAAAAGAGUACUCUGUAAGUAAACAAAUGCAGCAGCAGAACCCUCAGAAGGUGGAGGCUAGUAAGGUUCCUGAGUACAUAAAGGAGGCAGCAAAGAAGGCUGCAGAGUUCAACAGUAACUUCAACAGGGAGCGUAUGGAGGAGAGGAGAGCUUACUUUGACCUCCAGACACAUAUUAUCCAGGUACCACAGGGCAGAUUCAAGGUGCUGGCUCCAGAACUAACCAGAUCUGGUCCUUACCCAGUGGCUCUCAUACCAGGACAAUUCCAAGAUUACUACAAAAGGUACUCUCCCAAUGAGCUGCGCUAUUUACCGCUGAACACUGCUCUGUUUGAGCCUCCACUGGAUCCAGAGCUUCCUGCUCUGGACUCAGAGCCCGACUCAGAUGAUGCUGAGGAUGGCAAGGAUGACAAGAAGAUCAAAAACUCAUCUGACAGCUCUUCAGGUAACACAUCAGACUUGGAGAGCCAGGAGGGCGGAGGAGGACAGGGCCACAAGUCCAAAGUCAAAGAAAGGACAUCAACGCCGGGCAAAGACCAGCGCCACACUGCCACCCACAAAGCCACUCCAGGGUACAAGCCUAAGGUCAUUCCCAAUGCAAUAUGUGGCAUUUGCCUGAAGAGUAAAGAGGCCAACAGGAGAGGCAAGCCCGAGGCUCUCAUUCACUGCUCCCAAUGUGAAAACAGCGGCCAUCCGUCCUGCUUGGACAUGAGCGAGGAGCUGGUGUGUGUGAUCCAGACGUACUGCUGGCAGUGCAUGGAGUGUAAGACCUGCACCGUGUGCCAGCAGCCGCACCACGAGGACGAGAUGAUGUUCUGUGACAAGUGUGACCGAGGAUACCACACGUUCUGUGUCGGCAUGAGCUCAAUUCCUACAGGUCAUUGGAUGUGUAAAGUUUGUGACAAAGACUUUACCACACCCAAGAAGAAAGGAGCGGUAAAAACUCCUAAGAAAUCAAAGUCGGCUCAAAAAUAAUCAAUUUAACAAGUUUAACUACCAAUGCACUAUCAUGAAUUCAUUCCAGUAUUUCAGAGAUUUUUUUAAAACCCUUUGUUGUAGCAUAUCUUUCUUCAAAAGGGAAAAAAAUGCAUCUCUUUAAGUGGAUUAUUAACAAUUAAUGCUUCUUAAGUUAAAUUGUUAAAGGUUAA